AUGAAUAUUAAAGGAGCUUCUGGUAAGGAUUCAGAAGGAAAUGAGGAACAUGUUAUUGGAAACUGGGAAAAAGGCAAACCUUACCAUAAAGUGGCAGAAAACUUAGCUGAGUUGUGUGGGAAGCAGAAUUUGAGAUCCUCCAAGACCAGCAGGACAUUUGUUUACUCAAUGCUCACUAGAGGGAGGCCUUUUCCAGUUGUAUUCCUUUUCAGAGGCUUUGCCUUCUGCAUGGGAAACGGAUUCCUCCAAGGCUACUAUCUGGUUUACUGUGAUGAAUACCCUGCUGAGUGGUAUAGAGACAUACAGUUUAGCCUGGGUGUCUUAUUUAUUUUGUUAAUGGGAAUCAACAUUCAUAGUGAUGUAAUACCCCAGCUCAGGAAGCCUGGAGAAAUCAUCUAUAGGAUUCCAGAAGGUGGCUUGUUCAUGUACAUUUCUGGAGCCAAUUUCCUUGGUGAGAUUGCUGAAUGGAUCGGCUAUGCCCUGGCCACUUGGUCCCUCCCAGCACUUGCGUGUGCAUUUUUCUCACUUUCUUUCCGUGGGCUACGAGCUUUUCACCACCAUAGGUUCUACCUCAAGAUGUUUGAGGACCACCCCAUGUCUCGGAAAGCCCUCAUUCCAUUCACCUUUUAA